AUGACAGUUAAACUGGGAUGUCUGUAUGUAGAGCAGUAUGUUUCCAAGAUCCUGAUGCAGCGAAAAGAAACUAAGGAACAGCUAUCCUCCCCUGCUAGUGAACUUCCAGAGGCCACUGUGGAGAACUGGAUCCUGCCCACAGUCUCUGAAGACAGAAAGAUUUCUCUUCCCGCAGAGAGCCCGUGGUUGUGGAAUACCAGGCAAUGCUGGGUAGGAUACCCUUUACAGCCGUUGACACCUGAGCUUCAUUAUUACUACAUAGUUGAGCUAUCAUUCUAUUGGUCCUUAAUGUUUUCUCAGUUCAUUGACAUCAAAAGAAAGGACUUUGCUAUCAUGUUCACCCAUCACAUCAUAGCGAUUAUUUUGCUCACCCUCUCGUACGUACUCAACUUCAUCCGUGUGGGGGGCUUGAUGAUCUGUCUUCAUGAUUCAGUUGACGUUGUGCUGGAGGCAGCCAAAUUGAUGAACUACUGCAAGUGUCAAAGACUGUGCGAUGUCCUUUUCCUCAUGUUUGCGAUUAUUUUCAUUAUCACAAGACUUGGACUAUAUCCUUUCUGGAUAUUGAACACAGUAAUAUUUGAACUUCCUGAAGUGAUCGGCAGCUUUCCUGCCUUGUCAAUCUUUGUCAUUUUACUUCUGGUCCUUCAAGUCCUCCACUGUUUUUGGUCUUACCUAAUAGUAAAAACAGCGUAUAGAGCGAUUUCUAAAGGCAAGGCUGGGAAGUGGAACCCUUUGCAUGCAAGAGAUGACCGCAGCGACAUUGAGUCGAGCUCAGAUGAAGAAACCUCACCUCCUCAUUCAAAGAUCUCCCAUAGCUCUGCCACGACCAAUGGGACCAGUGGAACGAAUGGGACAAACGGCUACCUCACCGGUGGCAGUUCUGUGGAGGAACACUAAUUUCCCUGGAUUAAGCACUGAUAACAUGAACAAAAUGAACUGUUUGUUACAGGAAGUAAAUAAGUUAUGAAUGGGUUUCGC